AUGCCACGACGCUGCCCCGUCGUCCUCGUCUCCUCCUCGCCGGACGCAACCUCGACUCUUCCCCGAGCCCACUGCCAGUUCCCUACGGCCCCUUGUGAGCUCCCCUUCUCCUGGCCCAGUCACCGCGCGACCGCGCAGUCCCGCACGCGCACGCCGCCGCGCACGCCGAGCCUAGCCCGCUCCCUGUCACGCGGCUCCUCCUUCGACCUCCCUCCGCUUCCCUGCCUCCGACCCGCGCCCUGGCAGCGAGCAGCGCGCCCUCGCGCCGGCCCGCGCCCUCCUGGCCUCGCCUCUGCCUCGCUGCGGCUCACCCCCACUGCCACGCCCCGCCUUGGCUCCCUGCCCUGCCAUGGCCUGCCUCCCCUCUCGCCUGCAGCCGGCGCCCAGCCCGCCUCGCCGGCGCUGGCGCGCGCGCCUGAGGCGGCCGCCCGGAUUCGCCCGUUAACGGGCGCCUGCCUGUCGCCCUCCUGCCUGCUAACCCGCUAA